UACACCUGCGUUCGCUAUCUGGCAACGCCAAGCAGCUGAUUGUACACAAAACAAAUCAACAAAAUCUAAAAAUUUCUCAAAUUUGCGAUUUUGAAAUUGCAUAGCUUAAACCACACAAAAUGCACCGAUCCCAUCCGAGUAUUAGUCGCCGCAAGCACUUGAUGAAGGAGAUGAUGGAGGACGACUACGCUUUGCCUACGGAAAACCAGCAAAUUGUGCGGGUGGUCAGCAGCCGGGGAAACAAUCUCCACGAGGUGGAAACUGCGAAGAUCGAAGAAAACUUUCUUGUUUCGAUGCCCAACAAAUUCCGUAAGAGCAUGUGGGUGAAAAGGGGCGACUUCCUUUUAAUCGAACCGAUUGAAGAGGGCGACAAAGUCAAAGCUGAAAUUUGCAAAAUACUUACCCCUGAGCAUAUCAAGGAAUACACAAAAGCUGGAGUUUGGCCAGAUAAAUUUACCAAAAAACCUUCCCAGGAGGAAUCAUCCAACCAAAAUCACGAUGAUUCCGACUUCGAAGAUGACCUCCUGCCCAACACCAAUCGUCCUGUAAAUCAAGAAUCCUCCUGUGACGAGGAAGAUGAGGAAACAUCCAGCGACGAAGACUGAAAUUCCCAUAAAAAGUACAAAAAUUCAACCAUGUAGUUAAGAUUUUUUUAAAAUUUUGUCCUGCGUUUAACAAGAAAUAAUUAAAAACUGUUAUUGCUGAUGUCA